AACUUCGAAGCUUUCUGAACUCGACCAACAGUACCAGCCAGACAGGAGGUGUAAUAGCAACUCGUUACGCUAGCGAUCGACCACAAGGCAUCACUACACAAAUUUCAGAAUGAAAGCCUUCACCUUUACGGUUGCCUUAUUCAUGGGCGUUCUCAGUGUUUCGUUAGCACAACGUGAAACAUCUCUUAGAGUCAUCGAUGCGCUACGCGACCUCCAUCCUGCUUACAAGCAGCUGCGCGAUGUCGUCGUCCAGGCAGUGGCCGGAGCGAAACUGAACAGCUCAGAAGUGAUCUUCAAGUUCAACAUAGACAUUGCAUCGCGCAAAGAAUCGUUCAUGCAAACCGCCAUCAAGACAGAAGCGAACGUAUUACGGCAGGUGAACGGACAGAGCAUCAACAUCGAUACCAGUUGUCUCGGGUUUUUGCGCCAAAGCAUCGACGUGAACAUGAAUCUUGCGGGUGUGUCCUUCACCAACUGCCUGAACAACGUUGAUGCUUCGCUUGCAUCAGAAAUCACGCGCGUGUACGCUGAGCUACAAGUGAACGAAACAUCAUUCGUGAAUCUGAGCGUGUACGAUGUGUUCCGUGGGCAGAACGUGUUCGUAAACCCGCAAACCAUUGUCGAUCGGUUGGUGGAGAAGCUGUCCUCGCUGCAGCAGGCUCCGACCGAAUUGACCGAGGAGCUGACCCUUCUGGUUGAAGCGUUCGAGGGUCGGCUGGGUGAGGUUCGGGCGGCUUACACCAGUUGCCUGACGAUGAACGACCAGCUGCUACAGACCACACUUGGCACGGUGCUUACGCAACUGCAACAAAUCUGUCUCGGAUCGUUACUGCCGGCUGCUUCUACCUCGGAACCAACGGAGGAAACUGAGCAAACGGAACAAACAGACCAAACCGAGCAAACGGAAGCAACAGAAGAGACAGAAUCUACCGAACCGGCAUCGGAACCAGCGCCCGAGAUUCCAACCGAAACGGAAGUGCCUCCCACUGAAGUGGCUGAACCGGAACCACCUACUCCAGGUGUAGUUUAUAGAAAUGCAUUGUAAGGGGAACAAAUGUUCAUCGAAAUUUACCAAUAAUAGUAAAGAAUUGUGUUGUUUAGUCUAAA